GGUGCAGUAAGCCGGAUUCCACCACUAGAGUUCUCCCUCAGCAGCCCCGCUCGGCUCGGCUCCUUGUUGGCGCUGUCUGUGUUUACCUCCCAGCCCAGCGCUGCUGUACUGUGGCCAGCUGCUGGACACAAACCACCCUCCGCAGCCCACAACUAGCCCGAAAAAUACUAAUGUAAGCUGCCUCGCGUUCAAUCCUUCGCGGAUUUUCUGCAGCGACGUGUGUUUGUGACACUGUAGCAGAGUUGAGAUGAAUAAGGAAAUCAUGUCACGUGUGGUGAAGAAGAGGCAGGCGGACCCCAAGGUGGUCCAGUAUGUGUGGGCGGCCAUCGAGGUCAUCCGCAACCAGAAACAAAUCGCAAACAUGGACAGGAUCUCCAAGUACCUGAGUCGUGUGUUUGGCAUGCACCCUAAGGAGACUGCCAGACAGCUGAGCCUGGCUGUAAAGGACGGCCUGGUGGUGGAGACCCUGACGGUCGGCUGCAAGGGCUCGAAGGCCGGCAUUGAGCAGGAAGGAUACUGGCUGCCCGGGGAUGAGAUGGAGCCGAAAGCCGAGGGAAGCAAGCCCUGCACUUCCGACGGAGGCGCUCAAAUCCAGGACUGGGAGACCGAGAGCCACGACUGGUACUGCUUCGAGUGUCACCUACCGGGCGACGUCCUCACGUGCGACAACUGCUUCCGGGUCUACCAUCUCAAGUGUCUGUCGGAGGAGUGCAAGCCCAGAGACGGAGGGUCGCACUGGCAGUGUGUCGUCUGCAGGGGCAGUAAAAAGAAGAACCUGAACAAACAGGAGAUGUGUAAAUACCUGCGUUUCAUCGUCCAGCGUAUGAAGGAGAGGGCAGUGGACCUGAACAAGAAGGGCAAAGACAUUAAACAUCCCAUGUACAGACGGCUGAUCCACACUGCACUGGACGUCACCAACAUCCAAGAGAACCUGUCUGAAGGAAAGUAUAAAACCUUUGAGGAGUUCAAAGCAGACGCUCAGCUGAUUGUUCACAACACUGCCAUCUUGUAUGGAGUUCACAGUGACCAGGCAGAGAUCGCACGGUUGCUCUUCAGCGACACAUGUCACGAGUUGAAUGAGUUGUUGUUGUGUAAGAACUGUUUUUACCUGUCGAAUGCCCGGCCGGACAACUGGUUCUGUUACCCCUGUAGCCCCAGCCAUGACCUGGUCUGGGCCAAGAUGAAAGGUUUUGGCUACUGGCCGGCCAAAGUCCUUCAGAGAGAGGACAACCAGGUGGAUGUUCGCUUCUUUGGACACCAGCAUCAGAGAGCGUGGAUCCCCUCAGACAACAUCCAGGACAUCAAGGUGAGCGUCCAGCAGCUGCAGGUGAAGCGCAGUAACGGCUGGAAGAAGGCGUGUGAGGAGCUUGAGGUUUACCAGCGUUUCCUGAGGGAGGGGCGCUUCUGGAAAACAAAGAUGGAGGAAGGCAGCCAGCCACACCAGCAUCACCAACAAAGUCAGAGCCAGAGUCAGAGCCAGAGCCAGAGCCAGAACCAGAACCAGAGUCGGCAGCAGCAGCAGCAGCAGGAGGAGGAGGGCAGCGUGAGGACGGACAGGCUGGAGCGGACGGACGAAGCCGAGUCCAGCAUCUCCUCCACCAGCAACGAGCAGGUCCGACAUCUCAAAAGCAGCCAGGAGCCCAAGGCAAAGAAAAGCCGUCGGACUCAAAUGGUCGAGCCCAAAGAGGAAGCCAGUGACCCGGAGCCAGAGAUGGAGGCCGUGAGCUCCAGCCAGGAGAUCCCGGUGUCCUCGGCGCCCCAGCAGCCUGAGAAGCUGUCGGUGUCCACGCAGACCAAGAAAGCAAGCGGAGGGUCGCCGCGCACGCUUCACCGCGGCACCCAGACCAACAGCGACGGCGCCUGCCAGAACAUGUGCCACGAGAAGUACACCAAGGUCUUCAAUGACGUCAAGGAGAUGAUGAAGGCUGACAACAAGAGAGAGACGGAGAGGGUCGUUAGAGAGGCUCUGGAGAAGCUCCGUGCAGAGAUGGAGGAGGAGAAGCGUCAGGCGGUGAGUAAGGCUGUGGCCGGAGCACAGGCGGAGAUGGAGAGGAAGUGUAAGCAGGUGAAGGAGAAGUGUAAAGAGGAGCUGGUGGAGGAGGUGAAGAAGCUGGUGGCCCAACACAAACAGCUCAUCUCCCAGACCAAGAAGAAGCAGUGGUGUUAUAACUGUGAGGAGGAGGCGAUGUACCACUGCUGCUGGAACACCUCGUACUGCUCCAUCAAGUGUCAGCAGGAGCACUGGCACGCCGACCACAAACGAACCUGCCGCAGGAAGAGAUGAACAAGCCCCACCUCCCUCUCUGACCCCCCCCACACACAGCACGCCAUUGGCUCUCGCCCUGUCCUCCACCUGUCAGUCAGUGUCUACAACACACACACACAAACACAUAAACACAAAUACAAACACACGCCCCUCUCUCCUGCUUCUCUACUUGCCUUCCUGAAAACUUUGUGGACCCGAUGUUUUCUGCGUGAAACGAGCGAUUUGUUUCCUUUUUUGUUUUCAUUUUGUUUCUAUUAUUUAAUGUACCCAUUGUAUUGAUUUUUCUUUCUAUAUUUUGUUUAUUUUUUUCUCUCGAUCGUGAACAGAUUGCUUGAGAGCAUGGCUCGAAUGCAGAGUUAUGGUAUGAUUUUUUUCUUUUCAUGUGUGUUGUUUCUUUGGUUUUUUUUCUUUACUGAAGUGCUAAUUUUGAACUCGUGUCAGAGAAUGUGUUAUUUAAGUGUGUAGUAACAGAUGAGCAUUAACUGAAGACAUUUUAUUACCUGAAUUUUUUAAAGAAUCACUUUUCUUACUGUAAAUGCAACAAAUACACACCGUCGAACUUAAAAAGAAAAAAAGGAAAACAUACCGUAAGUCCUAUCGCUGCAUUGAACUAGCUCUGCUUUCAUAGAGAAAACUUAUUUAAAAAAACACAAAAAACUGCAUAAGAUAUUGAAUUGUGGAUGACGUGGCUCAUGGACAUUAAUGUAUUUAGUUUUUUUUUUUCCAUGAAACUAUUGUGGUGGAUGGCACCUUUUAUCAUUUCUACCUAAAAUCUUAUUGUCCUCAAGUCACUUAUUGGGAACAGGGUCACGAGGUCGGCCUUAAAAGAUGCCGACAAAAGAAAUCUUCCAUGUAUUAUUAUUAUAAUUAAUAUUAUGCACAUUUUUUUAAAACAGACUGUAAUUUUUAUGAGUCAGAUAUAAAAAAAGAAAUAUCAAGUUUUUAAUUUGUUCUAAAUUGGGGAAAUGUACAGCAAUCUUUCCUGAGCUGGAUCUUAGAGAGGUUCCAUGGUUUGACAGUUUUUCCACAUUUUUCUUUCUUUUCUUUUCUUUCCUUGUUUUUUUUUCACAUUUCAUUUGCUUAACAACCCAAAUGCUUGUAAUAUUGCCAAAAGAAAAUCACACAUUUUGUUGAACCUACCAGAGAAGAUCUGGUGAGUCCUCCCUUUCCCCGCUUUCCUACAACCUUAAAAAAACAAAAACAAAUGAAAAAAACAAAAAAAUUAUGUAUAUUUUUCCGAGCGUCGUCAGUGUCAUUUUUUCUAGUGAUGUACACUCGAAAUUCGUUCUCGUUUCCUUUUUCUUUUUCUUUUUUUAACCUGAAGUGACUAGCUAUGAGACUCUUUCACUGCUUAUGCUGUAGUUGGUGGUCAGUGCCUGUUUUCUUUUUUCUUUUCUCAUCCUGUUUUCUCCCAGUGAGGCUACAUGCAUGUUGAUAGUUUCAUAGUUUGUCUUUUUUCAUUCAUUACGGUAACAUAAAAAAAAACAAAAAACAAAAAGACCAGAAGCUUGCUGGUGUCUAAUAAGCAGUGACGACGGAUGGACCAAUAUAAAACAUUAUGCAAAUGUGAAUGAUCAAAUCACUCUUUUCUAUAGUUUUCCCUGCGCUGGAUGUCGCGUGUUGAUUGUGUAUACAUAUGGUGCUUGGAUUUUUUUUCUUCUUUUUUUUAAAUGGGGCAAUAAAAUUGCCCUUUUUUGAUUUUCUUUGAGAAGUGUGACACUUUUAAAGUUUGUUGACUGUUUCCUCAGUUAUGAAGAUUGACUGAACAGAGGAAAAUGAUUCACUUAUUCUGUACAGACGCGUCGUUUUAUAACCCCACAUCGCUUUGUGCUUCUGUCAACGUGUGGAAAAUUUCAAUACCGUAAAUUUUCACAUAGUGGGGCAGAACCUUUUUUUCACCUCAACUAAAGAGUGAGCCAGGCUUUUAUUUCUAAAGCUCCAGAUUUCAUCACAAUUUAUCAUGUUAAUGUCCUGUAGCUUCUUUUAGCUGUAAAUGAAAACUCAACACUCAGUUAAGGUGGUAUAACUGUGUCUUUAUCCCAGUACCAUACUACAUCCUAACUGAAUACAGUGUAUGCGCCGUUUUUACCGUUACUCUACAAGAAAACACAUUUCACCAUUUUAUAUGUGCGCCAUGAUGUCAUUUAAGUUGUGGCUUCACAAUGCAGCUAUGCAUCAGCAAAAUGUUUUUUGUUUGUUUGUUGUUUUUUCAACUCCUAAACAAUGAUUGUAUUUUGGGUUUUGAAAGUUCUCAGAUAACAAUGUUUAUACAUUCAGCAGUCAGAAAAAGAGAUAUUCAGUUUACACUGACAUUAAGCAGCAAAUCUUAACAUUUGAGAAGCUGGAGUCAGAGAUUGGUUGGCAUUUUUGAUGGUUAAAUCAAUGAUUGGUCAAUCAACUAAUUUUAAUUUUUGUUGUUUGUGUUAAUAAUUUUGUUGAUAAAUUGACAAAUUCUUUGAGUUCUGUUCUCCUCAGCUUGUUUCACAUUACUUGCUUGUUAAUGGUUAAUAAUGGACAUGUUAAUAUCUAAAGCCCAUAAUUCACCAAGUAUUCAUUGUCUUGUCAGCUAUUCUUAAUGUUCUCAAGUUUCAAGUGUGAAAACACUACAGACUGAAAACCUGGUUUGAUUAGUAUGAAGUGUGGAACUUGGAUAAAAGCCACAAUCUCUUCCCUUUAAUCUGGAAGGCUUUUAUUGUGAAAUAUGUACAGAUGAUGUUGAGUUUCAUUGACAGCAGCUUAAAGGACGAGUUUUUCUUUUUGUUCACAAAUCUCACGAAAAGACACAGUGUGUUAGUUUGUCUCUUUCUGUGGAUCUCAGCUCUAAGCACAAAUAUAUGGUGGGUGUUUGUUGGGGACUAUUUUCAGUGGCGGAUUAAUCCACAUUUGGUGCUCUAGUGAGUUUCAGGGGAUUGAUUUUAAAUAAAUUAUAGUGAGUUGGUUGAAAUGGCACAAAGGAAUAAGAUGAAUCAGGCUUUACUUUCAUGGGACUUGAUGACAGUUGGAAAAAUAUAGAAUAUUAUCAUAUGAGAACAAACAGUAGGAUUAUUAUUGUUUGAGAGCAAUCCACUAUUAGAGAAUUUACGGUAACUGUUCAUCUCUAAAAUCUCCACUCGCUCGUCUCUAAGUCUUUUAUUUUGAAAGUCGUUUAAGUGUAUCACUUUAAAAUGUAACAUGUUAUUGUACAGUUCAGCUACUGUUUGACUUCUCUCUCUGCUGAAUUUAUUUUUCUGGCUCACAUUAAUGUUUUGACUUCUGGAAAGGUGUUAUUUUAAAUGUUCUCUCGUUUGUGUUUUAUCAUUUCAAGUUCUCAGCUGCAGGCUUUUUUUCCUCACCAUCAUUGCACUACGUGUAAAUAAAAUGUCCUGUCAAUAUCUCCUCCCUCAUAUUAUAUGUACAUUGUAAAUGAAUUCACAAAUAUUUGAUCUCAAGCUGUUUUCUUCUGUGUCUUACAGCGAUCUGGAUGACUGUUAGCUCUAGUUUUGUACAAUGUACAACCGUUAUCAUAUGAUAUGAACUCCGGCUUCUGUUGUUACCACAACAUUCUCGAGCUGUGUGUCAUUUUCAGCAUGUGUGUAUGUGUUUCAGGUUUUUCUAGAUUUAUUUUACACCUUGAACCACACUGCACCUUCAAAUGUAUCCAAAUAUUUCAACAAAUUGUUUUUUUGUUUUUUUGUAACGUUAAGUGUUGAAAACCAACCAAUAAUGCACGUUCUCCCAAACCAACACACUUGUUGAAGGUGGCACGUUUUAUGUUACUUACAUGUGACCUGUGAGGCCGCUGCUUCUCUCUUUCUGACUGUUUUUAUAUUCGUCCAUCCAGCCGUAAAGGUUUCAGUGUAAAAAGUUUUCUUUUUUCUUUUUUUUCCCCCCAUGUGGAAAGAUUUUUGAUGUCAUUCCAGUUUGUAUCUCUGGUUUUUAACUGCAUGAGUAAAGGUGUGUGUAUCUACGGCUCCUUCUUUUUAUUUUUUUUAUUUUUGUUUUUUCCCCCUUCAUGUAAACAAGACAUAUUUGCACUCCCCCAGAGUAAUGCAAUAUGACAAUGAUGUUUAUUUUUUUAUUUUCUGGAACUUCAGUUGAGCAAAAUUGCAUCUAUGAAGCUUGAAAAAUUGAGUAAAUUGAUCAUUAAUCGCCCAUAACUUGACUUUUCACUGUUCUUAUUCCUGAGUAUUACAAGUACAUGAUAAUGAGUGAAUACUACUAUUUUUUAUGUACUUUUAACUGGAAUAAUACCAGUAUAAAGCUUCCUAUGUCCUCACCUCCUGUAGGUCAUUUUCUUCUGUUCUGUCCAUAUGUAACUAUUAAUCGUGGCUUAACAUUUUCUAUGCUCCUGACUUUUUUUUUUUUAAUUCUUUUUUUUUUUUUUUUGACGCUUUAGCUAGCAAUAUGUAUAUAAAUAUAUUCUAUGUGCUAACAUGGAGGAAAUAAAUGUAUCAACAAGU